GAGGGUAGGGAGAGCGUUCCCAAGUUGUUCAGUGGACAGCGGCCAUGGAGCACUGCUGAAGAACAAGACACUCUGUUGAUGCCCUUUUCGCCACUCCUUCUCAGACUCAGGGACUCAGGGCUCAGACCCAGAAAUGCUUCUUCGUCAACAACACAGAGUAGUUAUCUCCUCUUCACCCACCAUCCUCAUGGCCUCCAAACAACCCCUCAAAUCCACUCCUCUCACGCUGCCUCUUAGGUUAAACCUUUCCUCACCCAUCACCAUCUCCGCAUUCCCUUUAAAAUCCACCUCCAGAAUCCUCCCAGUCUCCCUCAAAACCUCCGCCUUACCUUACACUUCCCAUUCCAAUGUCCCCAGACCAGUUUAUUCGGAGAACCCAGAAGACACCAGUAAUUUCUCCGCUCGAUUCAACGUCUUGAAGAAGAAACUGGAGGCGAUAGGCUUUGACACACAAAUGCUUAAAACUGGGCAGUACGAUAACUUACUGUGUCCCGUGUGUAAAGGUGGUUAUUCAAUGGAGAAAAGCUUAUCUCUUACCAUCACUUUAGAUGGGAAUUGUGCUGUAUGGACAUGUCAUCGAGGAAAAUGUGGGUGGAGAGGUGACACACGGGCCUUUGUAAAUGGUAGAUCAUCAUAUGGAAGGUUGAACCAAAUUACCAAAAUUAAGCCCAAAAGAGAAAUCACAGAAAAGAGUCUGGGUUUAGAACCACUAUGUAGGGAGCUAAUUGCAUAUUUUGGAGAGCGAAUGAUAUCAGAAAAAACAUUGGCAAGAAAUUUUGUCAUGCAGAAAACAUAUGGCGAUGAGUUUAUCAUUGCAUUUACUUAUCAAAGAAAUGGGGUGUUUGUGAGUUGCAAAUAUCGGGAUGUUAACAAGAACUUUUGGCAGGAAGAGGAUACUGAAAAAAUAUUCUAUGGUGUGGAUGAUAUAAAAGCAGAAAGUGAUAUAAUCAUUGUUGAGGGUGAAAUAGACAAACUUUCAAUGGAAGAAGCUGGAUUCUACAAUUGUGUGAGUGUCCCUGAUGGAGCGCCUGCAUCAGUUUCUACGAAAGUGUUCAAAUCUGAUGAAAAGGACACAAAAUAUCAGUAUCUAUGGAACUGCAAGGAGUAUCUGGAGAAGGCAUCUCGCAUUAUACUUGCAACUGAUGGGGAUUCACCUGGUCUUGCCUUAGCUGAAGAACUUGCACGCCGCCUUGGAAGAGAAAGAUGUUGGCGAGUAAAAUGGCCUAAGAAAAAUGAAGUUGAUCAUUUCAAAGAUGCGAAUGAGGUGCUUAUGUAUUUAGGACCUGAUGUUCUGAAAGAAGUAAUUGAGAAUGCUGAGUUAUAUCCUAUUCAAGGAUUGUUCAACUUUAGCCAUUACUUUGAUGAGAUUGAUGCAUAUUAUCAUCAAGCUCUUGGUUUUGAGCUUGGUGUUGCAACUGGAUGGAGGGGUCUGAAUGGAUUAUACAAUGUUGUGCCGGGAGAGUUGACUAUAGUGACUGGGGUCCCCAAUUCAGGCAAGAGUGAGUGGAUUGAUGCUCUCUUAUGUAAUAUUAAUAGAAGUGUUGGUUGGAGAUUCGCACUUUGCUCUAUGGAGAACAAGGUUCGGGAGCAUGCCAGGAAACUUUUGGAGAAACACAUAAAGAAGCCUUUCUUUGAUGCAGGGUAUGGGGAAUCUAUUGAACGAAUGAGUAUUGAGGAGUUUGAGCUAGGGAAGAAAUGGUUAAGUGAAACAUUUUAUCUCAUACGGUGCGAGAAUGAUUCUCUUCCAAAUAUAAAAUGGGUUCUUGAUCUUGCAAAAGCAGCGGUUCUAAGGCAUGGAGUGCGUGGGCUUGUAAUUGAUCCAUACAAUGAACUUGAUCAUCAGCGUCCUGCAAGCCAGACAGAAACAGAGUAUGUGAGUCAGAUGCUAACAAUAAUCAAACGAUUUGCUCAGCAUCACUCUUGUCAUGUUUGGUUUGUCGCGCAUCCUAGACAGUUGCACCACUGGGAUGGGGGUCCACCUAAUAUGUAUGAUAUCAGUGGAAGUGCACACUUCAUAAAUAAAUGUGACAAUGGAAUUGUUAUUCAUCGUAAUCGAAAUCCAGACGCUGGGCCUGUUGAUCAAGUGCAAGUUUGUGUGCGAAAGGUACGGAAUAAAGUUAUAGGAACAACAGGCGAUGCCUUCUUGUCAUAUGAUAGGAUAACUGGUGUGUACACGGACGUCGACGAGACUUCUGGGAAAUGAGAUGCAUAAUUUGUAGUUGGAGUAGGAUCAGGCUUGGAUUACACAUGUGUCUACUGAUGUCUAUGGCCUUAACAUGAAGGGGCCCUUCUUAUCUGGUUAUGCAGACUACAACAAACCGAAAUGAUUGAAACAGUGGCUCCUGCAUGACUACCUAGAAAAUCUAAAGCAAAGAUGAAGGUGGAUAUUUGACCAAGCUACAGUUGAUGAGUAGUCAGCUCAAAUUUUGUAUCGUUAGAUUUUUAUCUGCAAAGCAAAUGAUAAGUUUUUCUCAUAAUCUUAUGGUAAAAAAACUUGUUCUUUUGUAUAGUCAACAAUCUAUAGACCUAAAUGAUGUAUAGAACUGUUUUUCCUUUUUUCUAAGAACAAGAAUGUGUUCAUUCUUUAAUAUCUAUGACUACUUUUUUUUCUUUGAACAA